AUGGCAGACGUAUUCCAAUUCGAAGGGUGUGCUAGCGAGUCACCACGUGGGCCUCCAAGGACGCCAGUGCCUUUCAAAAUCCAUGUCUCUGACGAGCUUCUGGGUGAUUUGGCUACAAGAUUAGCUCAAACUCGCUUUCCUGAUGAACUCACGGACGCAGGUUGGACGUACGGCUCAAACUUGCAGUAUAUGAAAUCGUUGGUCGACUAUUGGAAGAAUUCUUACAACUGGAGGCAGCAGGAAAUACACUUAAACGAAUAUGAUCAUUUCAAGAUGUAUAUUCCUGAGACUGAUAUCAACCUCCACUACGUCUAUGUCAAGUCGCCACGAGCUGAUGCUAAACCAUUGCUAUUUUUACAUGGUUGGCCUGGUUCAUUCUACGAAGCUUGGAAGCUAAUCCCACUAUUGACAAAGCCGAAAAGUGGACCAGCAUUCCAUAUGAUCGUUCCUUCUUUGCCUGGCUACGGCUUCUCGUCUGCUCCAAAGAGAAAGGGUUUUGGAGUCAAGAAGGUCGCUGACACUGUUCACCAACUCAUGUUCAACCUUGGAUACAAGACUUAUUACGCACAAGGAGGAGACUGGGGCUCGUCGAUAUGUCGAACGUUGGGUCUCUACUACCCAAAGAACUGUCUAGCGAUUCAUAUCAACUUGUGUAUCGUGGGACACGACAGCUCCAAUUGGAUUCACAGAAUGCAGAUUCUCGAGCUGAAAUACACUGGACCACUCUUCUUCCUCUCAAAAGAAGACUACAAGGGCUUGAACGAUGCUUCAAAGUUUAAUGCGAAUGGUGGUGAAUUGGCUUAUCAGGCCAUUCAGGGAACUAAACCACAGACAUUGGGUUAUGGACUUACAGACUCACGGUCAAUUACCUCAAGCACGAGAUUGUAUUACGAAAGCAUCGGAACAGGUGCUCAGGCAGCCGCUGCAGCUGCUGCAGCUCGUAGUGCUGGUAAACCAUCUGGCUCAAAGAAAAUGCCAUACGUCACGGUUCCCACCGGUGUGGCCAAUUUCCCAAAUGAGCUUUCCAAGCCCCCAAAGAAUUGGGUAGAGAGUUAUUAUAACUUGAAGCACUGGAGUGUUCAUGAACGUGGUGGUCACUUUGGCGCAAUGGAGAAUCCAGAAGCUUUAGCAAAAGAUGUGCAAACGUUUAUUAGUAAAUUGUAG